UUCUUAAAAAAUAACCAUAUCAACAAACUCUUUAUCAAACAGAAACCCGGGUAGUAUUGAUCAUGUAUAUCAAGGCACUUGCCAAACUCCUGUUCGUAUAACCAGUUGACCAAACACAUCAUUAUUCGUAAACUUUUUGGUGAGAAACAACCAUAGUGCUGCUGUAUGAUCCAAUUCACGUUUACGCACAACCACUUUCACCACAACUCUUCUUAUGUGAAUCACAAAAUUCUCUUCUUGAAAUUGAUCUUCUUCAUCCAUGGCUGAUCGCGCUGAUCCCUCUCCUCUCGUUGCACCUUCGCUCGCAAUUGAACCGAAUAAGAUCGAUUUAGAAGCUGGUCCUGGUGAAGAAAUUCAGUGCCGAAUUUGUCUCGAAACUGAUGGCAGAGAUUUUAUUGCACCUUGCAAGUGCCGAGGGACAUCAAAGUAUGUGCAUCGGGAGUGCCUUGAUCACUGGCGUUCUGUGAAGGAGGGGUUUGCAUUUGCUCAUUGCACAACCUGUAAGGCUCCCUAUCAUUUGCGAGUUCACGUUCUUGCCGAUAGGAAAUGGAGAACCAUGAAGUUCCGUUUCUUUGUGACCCGAGACAUUUUGUUUAUCUUUCUAUCUGUACAGCUUGUGAUUUCUUCAUUGGCAUAUUUGGUGUACCUAGUUGAUGGAUACCAGAAGUUUUGGCUUCGUAUUGCUUGGGGUUUUGACAGUGAAGCCAGUUUCUACUACUUAUGUGGUGCACUAUUGUUUUUCGCACUACUUGGUCUAUCUGGAUGCUUUAUAACUUGUUAUGAUCGAAGAGUCCGUAACGAUCUUGCUCAGCCUUGUCGAGAAUUGUGUCUUUGUUGCUGUCAACCCGGUGUUUGUGCAGACUGUCAUUUACCUGGUACUCUUUGUGUGUGGACGGACUGUACCACUUGUUUUGAAAGUUGCGCGAGUGCGACCGGUGAGUGUGGUUGUUUAGGAGGUGCGGGUGAAGCUGGGUUACCGUUAAUAUUUAUAAUGGCUUUAGUGGUGCUUGGACUGUUUACUGUCAUAGGCAUAUUCUACAGCGUGCUUGUGGCCACGAUGGUUGGCCAAAGGAUUUGGCAGCGCCAUUAUCACAUAUUAGCUAAAAGAAUGCUAACCAAGGAGUACGUGGUGGAGGAUGUUGACGGUGAGACGACUGGAUCUGAGUGGGCCCCACCACCUCUCCCACCGGAGCACAUCCAGCAGCUUAAGACUCUUGGCCUCCUAUAAUAACUCAACAUGGAGUAAAUGAAGUGUCACUAGCAUGAACACCUUUUAUUCAUAAGACUGGAUUAUAGUUGCUUAAAUGCAUGUAAUAUCUUCACUAUUGAGUUAUCAGUUUCAUGUUAAAAUGGUCAAGUGUAGUGCAACUUACAACUUUAAUACAUGAGGUACAUGUGAUAAUU